GUUACAGGCGACGCUCAACUAAGAUGAUCCUCAGACAUUGCUCUAUUUGCCCAUGAAAAACAGCGACGCCCUGUUGCCAUGUCUUCAAGCUGUUUGUGCUGCGUAUCGUCACUGGCGUUAAUCCAUUCUUUACAAUGGCAGGCUUCCAAAACAUUUCUUACGAUGACAGGCGCACCGAUGUACUCAAAUACAACAAUCAGUGGUUCACCAGAGGAUUCUAUAAUGCCAGUAGUACUGGAGAAGCUGGUACGCUGACUUCUGCAAACAGCUUGAGUGCUCGCAUGACAUUCACUUUCCCUGACCCAGCCAAUGCAUUUUAUUACUACGGUAUUCGCCGUUGCUGUGGGGGAAACUACACUAUAUGUAUCGACUGCAACCCCGAUGAUCCUAACUUCGAGGUCAUAGAUGCGGUGAACUCCACGGACGAUGGCAAAAACCCGCCGGUCAUUCUAUACUCCAAGAAUUUUGAUAAACUAGGGAUACAUAAUGUCACCCUGGCUAACCACAAUGACAUUCGCUAUGGGAAGUCACAGAUAACUCUGGAUCGUUUCGAGCUCCAGGUUGAGGAUUCUCAUGCUACUCAAUCAGGGUCAGCGACAUCUACGUCGAGCGCUUCGACCUUGACCUCUACUAGUACUUUGGCAUCCAACUUGAGCAGCGCAGUUCCGACCUCAACUUCCGCAUCAGCAUCCGAGCGAGCCUCAGCUUCGCCCACAACCUCAUUAUCCACGUUAGCCUUGAGACCAUCAUCGGAACCAUCCGCGGCUACCUCUUCGGCCUCCCCACCCCCCGUAGGCGCCAUUGUAGGUGGAGUUAUGGGAGGCCUGGUGGCCAUUUCAUUAUGCUUGGUUAUAUACUUGUUGAAGCAUCUUCGUUGGCGUGGCGGAACUGAACCAGAGCACGAGGAUACGGAUACUACGAGUGCAAACAAUCAUGGUGACAUGUCGCAGAGGGCAAACCAUAGUCCAGCUUUCCCCCUCGAAGCUACAUCUACGUCACACCUGGUUUCCCGCGAACAUCCACCGCGACGGGAGACUGAUGCAGGUCGGAUAGACACGGAUGGUGAUGGUGGCAAUAGCCUUGCAACGCUCCCGCCUGAGUAUGAGGAGAUCUUCAGCGGUGACUGGCGAGGAAUCCGUGAGAGCUGACUCAGACAACGCCUAGACUUGAUGCUUGAAGUUCUUCAUCGGAUGAAGGCAAACCUGUGAGUACCGGUGGUAAACCUUCGAUAUCACACCCUCCAUCCAAGGUCCGAGGAUUCUGAUGUUUCGCAACAGUGUGGGAUUCCUUUGUUCACGGGCUUGAUUUAAUGGGUCUAUUGCUUUGUUCUUUAUUCU